AUGCCCUUUGUCAUUGACCCGGAAGGCCUUCCUACACGAUCAGCCAAGAGACAGAAACUCUUGUCCCAUCCAGAUAUGGCUCGAUAUUCUGUGCAGACCCUCAACGGGGCUGGGAACUCCCCCAGUGAAAGAGAGGGCGAUGCGAAGACUCCGACCGAGGGCCAGAAAGAAGUAGAUUCAGACACAGGAGAGACACCUAUCGAGACCAGUGAUCGGGAAGAACUGAUCCAAUGUAUCAAACGAGGUCAACGACCAACAUGGGUUCCUAGGCCUGGGCUGGAAGCACUGUGCGCAGAAGUGAAUACUGAACAGGACCGGCCUUACCAACCUGACAAACCAGUCCGGUCCGCGUCUGUCCAAGAUGCUCCUCCGCAGCAAGGGGGAACUCCCUCGACCGCCGAAGCCAACGUAUGGUAUACCACGGACGCUCUCCGUCGUUCUCUCUCCGCCCUACAUACAGGCGACUUCCAUGAUCAUGUCGAGCAUGUGCCAAUCAGACCGAGCAGUAUCCGAACGCCCCCACGGCGUUCACUACAGUCUGCGUACAGCAUUUCUCCUCCGUCGUGGCUGUCCGAAUCUCCGACCCUAGGGCACGAUCCCACGGUAACGAAUCCCGCUUCUGACACGCUGAAACGAACGCGGGCGCCUUCGUUGGGGAGCAGUUUUUCGUCACAAUUUGUCAUGAGAGUCCCGACAAGUCCACUUGUUCAUGCCAUAAACAACCCGUCUCUGGAUUUUUCGCCCAGGGAUGCACAACCGCACGAUACUAGCAUGCCCAAUGUCGCGAGGAGGAGGACGAUGCAUACUGCUUUCGAACCAUUGCAUAUGUCACCGGUUGACGACACUCGUGCAAAGUUCAACGGCGUUUCUCCACCAUCUCACCAGGAUGCAAAUGCGCUUCCUCAAGGCCACAGAACCCGUCGCUCAUUGAGUUCUUUCACAUACCAACCUGCUGCGAGUCCCCAAGCCGCCUUAUCGGCGAAAUUGCGUCGGCCAUCACUGGCUUCAGAUGCAUCUCCACGGCAGCGAGCUUCCAUGGUCGGGUCUUUCGAAGAAUCCAUCCUCCGUGGCAGAAUGUCUACUCCACCGUCCAAACCCCUCGACUUCGUGGCGCAGAUAGGCGUCGUUGGGAAAGGAAACUGCCCAGCAACUCUCAAAUGUCCGGCCCACGUUACGGUGCCAUUCCCUGCAGUCUUCUACAACUAUCCUUCUGCAACUUCUUCUAGAUCGAUAUCAGACGAUAAUCCCAGCCCCUACGUUGGCGUCAUUGACUUGGAACGCAACCUGACACCUCCAGAGCCUUCUUCUCGCCGCACGCGUCGCUCACAAAGCAGCCUUGACCCUGAAGCAUUAGCAGCUGCCAUCACUAGCCCCGAAAAUACUGCUAUAGGUAGGGCCUUGGCCCGGGAAGCUCGGGAAAACAAGGACAAGGCGUCACCUUCGCUCAAGGUACCCCCUGGAGGAGCGUAUCGAGUGCCACAAAAAGGACAGCUCCAAAUCAUCAUAAAAAACCCCAAUAAAACAGCAGUCAAGCUGUUUCUUGUCCCUUAUGACCUUGAGGGGAUGUCUCCAGGGACUAAGACAUUCGUGCGACAACGGAGCUUUUCGUCGGGGCCUAUCCUGGAAGCUACACUGGCCCAGCAACAAGCCGAUUUGGCUGCCCUCGAUCCGCUUAGCAACAAAGAUAUUCUUCGAUAUUUGAUACAUAUCAAGUUUUGUUCUACGGCAAAAGGACGUUUCUAUCUCUACGACAACAUCCGUGUCGUUUUUGCCAACCGAGUGCCGGAUGGCAACGAGAAGCUGCGGAACGAAGUGCAGUUGCCGGACCCGAGAUUCAGUCCCUACAAACCGCCGGUCGAUGGCGGAUCACGGAGCCCGAGCCUUGCGGAGGGGGCAUGUUCUCCCCAGACGCGCAGUGGCAGAUUCCCGGGCUUUGGCUCCUUUGAUAACAGCCCAGAAUCAGGUUUCGGUCAGCGCUCAAGUACCAGGGCACAAGACCCGGCAUCCAUUCCAUUCCACAUUUCCCCGAGGCCUAUCGAGCAGGAUCUGAGUGGUCCGCACCACGCAAUGCGGAUGGACGGAGCCAGGUUAGUGGACGUCCAGGGAGAUGUGUCUCCCAUCUCUGGAUUCCUACCUUCGUCGUCUUCGCGGAGCUCACCCCUGCCUUGGCUACAAUCUGGUCGUAAUUCGAUGGUGCGCGGCUUUUCGGCGGAGGCUGGGGAUGGACUGAUAUCCCGAAAGCUUAAAGAGCUCAACGGUGGCGGAACGGAGCAGAACAUCUAG